AUGCGACCGAAGAGAGCCAUUGACAUGUGCAUCGUAACGGAUCCGAAGAUCAGCAGCAGAAAAACUGUAUUAUUCAUUUUCGGAGGAGAGAAGAACGCGAAGGAACGCACACAGCCGCAGGAACUAAUUGUGAACUCGACACGAGCAAGAAUUGUGUUGUUUGAUUCAGUGUCUCGUGUAUGGGGCGGUCGAGCUGACGAGCUAUGA